UCAAACUCUGCUUCAAAUUCAAGCUGUCUUUUUCAUCUCUCCUUCUCUCUAUAUAUACACAAACAUUUAUUUUAAUAUUUCCAAUAAUAAAAAUUAAAAGUCUAAGGCAGUUCUUUCUCCUUGAAAUAUCUCUCUUUCUCUCUCGCGCUCUACUCUAGGGUUUUUCUUGCUCUGCCGUACACUACUCACUCUAGGGUUUUAUCACUCUCAUUCCAUGGCCGCCGAGAAGCUCCGGGAUUUGAGUCAGCCGAUUGACGUUCCCCUCCUCGAUGCCACCGUCGCUGCUUUCUAUGGCACCGGAUCUAAAGAAGAGAGAAAUGCCGCUGAUCAGAUUCUGCGUGACUUGCAAAACAAUCCUGAUAUGUGGUUACAAGUCAUGCAUAUUUUGCAAAAUACUCAGAAUCUGAAUACUAAGUUCUUUGCCUUACAGGUUCUAGAAGGUGUAAUUAAGUAUAGAUGGAAUGCAUUACCUGUUGAACAGCGAGAUGGAAUGAAAAAUUUCAUCUCUGAUGUCAUUGUACAGCUUUCUGGCAAUGAUGCUUCAUUUCGAUCAGAAAGGCUGUAUGUCAACAAACUCAACAUUAUAUUAGUUCAGAUUUUGAAGCAUGAAUGGCCAGCAAGAUGGCGAAGUUUUAUUCCCGACCUUGUCUCUGCAGCUAAAACUAGUGAAACAAUUUGUGAAAAUUGUAUGGUUAUAUUGAAACUUUUGAGUGAAGAGGUUUUUGAUUUUUCAAGAGGUGAGAUGACCCAGCAGAAGAUAAAAGAGCUUAAACAAUCUUUGAACAGUGAAUUUCAACUCAUUCAUGAGUUAUGCUUGUAUGUGUUAUCAGCCUCCCAAAGGACCGAACUUAUUCGAGCGACUCUCUCUACAUUGCAUGCCUUUUUAUCAUGGAUUCCCCUGGGUUAUAUAUUUGAAUCACCAUUACUUGAGACACUCCUCAAAUUUUUCCCACUCCCAGCAUAUAGGAACCUAACACUGCAGUGUUUAACUGAGGUGGCAGCCCUUCAAUUUGGAAAUUAUUAUGAUGUGCAGUAUGUCAAGAUGUAUAACAUAUUCAUGGUCCAGUUGCAGAGUAUACUCCCACCAACUUCAGAUAUUCCUGACGCGUAUACAAAGGGCUCAACUGAGGAGCAAGCAUUUAUACAGAAUCUGGCACUUUUCUUCACAUCCUUUUACAAGGUUCACAUUCGUAUCCUGGAAUCCACUCAAGAGAAUAUAGCUGCUUUGCUUGUAGGCCUUGAAUAUCUUAUCAACAUUUCUUAUGUUGAUGAUACUGAGGUUUUUAAGGUCUGUUUGGACUACUGGAAUUCCUUGGUGUCGGAGCUGUUUGAACCACACCGAAGUUUGGACAAUCCUGCUGCUGCAGCAACCCUGAUGGGACUUCAGGUACCAGCAAUGCUCCCUGGUAUGGUUGAUGGACACGGUUCUCAGCUUCUUCAGCGCCGACAACUGUAUGCCGGUCCCAUGUCAAAGCUGAGAAUGCUCAUGAUAUGUCGAAUGGCAAAACCUGAAGAAGUUCUCAUAGUUGAAGAUGAAAACGGGAACAUUGUUCGUGAAACCUUGAAAGACAAUGAUGUUCUUGUUCAGUACAAGAUUAUGAGGGAGACUCUUAUUUAUUUAUCACAUCUUGAUCAUGAUGAUACUGAAAAGCAGAUGCUGAGGAAAUUGAGUAAGCAGCUUAGUGGUGAGGAUUGGACAUGGAACAAUUUAAAUACACUAUGCUGGGCAAUAGGUUCUAUAUCCGGUUCUAUGAUGGAAGAACAGGAAAACAGAUUUUUGGUUAUGGUCAUUCGUGACUUAUUAAACCUUUGUGAAAUUACAAAGGGAAAAGAUAACAAAGCUGUUAUUGCAAGUAAUAUCAUGUAUGUUGUGGGCCAGUAUCCAAGAUUUUUAAGAGCUCAUUGGAAAUUCCUUAAAACUGUUGUGAAUAAGUUGUUUGAGUUUAUGCAUGAGACACAUCCUGGAGUUCAGGAUAUGGCUUGUGACACAUUUCUGAAAAUAGUGCAGAAGUGCAAGCGUAAAUUUGUGAUCACUCAGGUUGGGGAAAAUGAACCGUUUGUGUCUGAGCUUCUGACAGGCCUUCCCACCACCAUUAUGGAUCUUGAACCUCAUCAAAUACAUUCCUUCUAUGAAUCUGUUGGUCACAUGAUUCAGGCAGAGUCUGAUGCGCAGAAGAGAGAUGAAUAUCUUCAGCGAUUGAUGGAGCUCCCAAAUCAGAAAUGGAUGGAAAUUAUAGGGCAGGCUCAUCAAAAUGUUGAGUUUUUAAAGGAUCAGGAUGUUAUCCGGACAGUGCUUAAUAUAUUGCAGACGAAUACAAGUGUUGCAUCUUCUUUAGGGACAUAUUUCUUGCCCCAAAUCUCGAUGAUCUUUUUGGACAUGUUGAAUGUGUACAGAAUGUACAGCGAGCUUAUUUCAAAGAGUAUUACUGAAGGGGGACCUUAUACUUCUAGAACAUCCUACGUGAAACUUCUACGUUCGGUCAAGAGGGAAACACUCAAGCUGAUUGAGACAUUCUUGGAUAAGGCGGAAGACCAACCACAAAUUGGCAAACAAUUCGUGCCUCCAAUGAUGGAUCCUGUUCUUGGAGAUUAUGCGAGGAAUGUUCCUGAUGCUAGGGAGUCAGAGGUUUUGUCACUGUUUGCCACAAUUGUGAAUAAAUAUAAAUCUGCAAUGAUUGAAGAUGUACCACGCAUAUUUGAAGCUGUCUUUCAGUGCACACUUGAGAUGAUUACAAAAAAUUUUGAAGAUUACCCAGAGCAUCGCCUCAAGUUCUUCUCUCUUCUUCGUGCCAUAGCUACUCAUUGUUUUCCUGCAUUAAUCUGCCUGUCAAGUCAGCAAUUGAAGCUUGUUAUGGACUCUAUCAUAUGGGCUUUUCGGCACACUGAAAGAAAUAUUGCUGAAACUGGGCUGAACCUGUUGUUAGAGAUGCUAAAGAAGUUUCAGGGCUCAGAGUUCUGUAAUCAGUUUUAUCGGACAUACUUUUUGACAAUUGAGCAAGAGAUAUUCGCCGUGUUGACUGAUACUUUUCACAAGCCUGGGUUCAAAUUGCAUGUCUUGGUGCUUCAGCAUUUGUUCUGUUUGGUGGAAACUGGUGUCGUAACUGAGGCUCUUUGGGAUGUUGCUACUGGUCCAUAUCAUUACCCAAGUAAUUCUGCGUUUGUACGAGAGUUUACCAUAAAACUUCUAAGCACCUCAUUUCCCAACAUGACCGCAGCAGAGGUUACUCAAUUUGUUAAUGGACUCUUCGAGUCAACCAAUGAUCUAUCUACUUUUAAAAAUCAUAUACGAGAUUUUCUUAUCCAGUCCAAAGAAUUUUCAGCUCAGGAUAACAAAGAUUUAUAUGCUGAAGAGGCUGCGGCUCAGAGAGAGAGAGAACGACAAAGAAUGCUUUCUAUUCCUGGGCUUAUUGCUCCUAGCGAAUUGCAAGAUGAAAUGGUGGACUCGUAGAUAUGCUAGAUAGUGUCGGAGUUAAUAGUAAUACGGUGGGCAUUUUAACUUGUUUCACAGGCUUUGAUUGAAUCCAUUGCCAGGUACUUUUGAGAAGAGAUGAUGCAGAGUUUUCCUCCAACUUUAGUUUUCCUCCUCUUCCCAAUAUUUUAAAUUGGGACUGGUUUGGCAGUUCCCGAUUUCAAAGUUUUGGCUGGCCGGGGAUACUGCCUUGUUCAUGGGUGAGUGUAGAUUAUUCAAUUUCUAAUUGGGGAUAUGAUAAUAUUCUGUUAUUUGUAAGGGGAUUCAUGAAGGCAUCUAUAUCUUUAUAUAGAAUCGCAGGAUGGAAGACUCAUUCCGAGUAUUGAUGACUCCUUAGGUGUGACCUCCUAACCUCGGGCGGUUUGUGCAGAAAACCCUUGUGGUUUGAUAUUUUGUAUUUUUUUCCCUCACCAAUUAAUUUUUAGGGAUAUUGAUUUUAUGUACCAUGAGUGCACUUAAUAUAUGGUUUUUCAUUAA